ACCACCGAAAUGACGACUGAAGAGUACCGGACCGUACUUCCCCGUCUACCGACAGAUGAGUCACGUCUGGAUGGUGACCUGUGCAAGCGCUUUGGCCAAGGCCAAGCUUGUGACCAAAGCAGAGCUCCGCGUAAAGGGGCGCCGAUGCCUAAUCAUCGACCCGGACACCAGAGACGUCAAACUGAAACUUCUUUGGCUACCAGUUCAUAUGGACAACCAGCGUAUCGAAGAAGCACUGGCGCCUUUUGGCACGGUGCGUUCGAUUGUUAGAGAAAAAUGGCGCUGCGCCGGAAUGGAGCAGAUGGAGACGCUAAACAAAGAAGUGACGUUGACCCUUCACGAGGGAAUGAACGCGAGCCAGAUACCGCACCAGCUCACAGUGUUCGGCUGUCGAAGCUUGGUGCUCGUGCCUGGCCGCCCUCCACUGUGUCUACGAUGCUACCCAAUCGGUCACAUUCGUCGCGAGUGUAGGACCCCAAGAUGCGGUGAAUGCCGACGUUAUGGUCAUCCAACAAGUGAGUGCGUCACCACCUAUGCGGACAAGCUCCGACAAGCAAGAAGCCCAGCUGAAGAUGUCGUUUUAGAACACCUAAUGGACAUAAGCGAAGUGGUCGAUGCAACAGAAGAAGUCAUCCCUUCCAGCACCACUUCAGGGGUACAGCUGACGGCCCCGCUGCACCCACCACCUGACGUCAACCCUGAGUCGGCGACGAUCACCGCUGAAUCUGAAAAGCCUGAAUCGUUUUUGCAAGACAGCGAAUUCCCUCCUUUAAGCACGACGUCAACGGUUGCUUCACAGGAUUCAUUACAUCGACGAGAGCGCCCGACCACGUCCAGUGGAACAUCUGUCAAAUGA